AACAAUGAUUAUAAAUAACUUGCUUCUAUCAUUAAUGUAUCUUUUGUUCCAUGGGCCACUGAUAUCACGAUCCAUAUUACAGUGUGUUGUGUUGCUGCACAAAGGUUUGAUCAUGUCUCUUUUAACUCUGGUAAAGUUAGUUAAUUUUCACCAUUCACUAUUUCUGGGUAAUAGCACAUAAGUGUCACAGACUAUUGUUAGACUAAACGAUUUGCAUGUGACAUUAAAAGGAGAACUAACUGAUUCUGAGUUUCCUCUGAAACGUUCAAGACCACUGGUAUAAAAAAAAAUGUGAAAAAAUAUCUUAGCCAUCACCAACUGCGUGGUUUCAGUAACACCUUGAAGGUGGAGCUAUGAAAUGUCAACCACUGCAAACAACUACCGCACACACAGACAAACUAAUAAGCUCACUUUUUUCUGAUGGAAGGAAUAAGAACAUAAUAAUAAGAGUAGCACAUUACAUUACAGGCAUUUAGUGAACUCUAAGUAACUCUAGACGUACAAGAAGUUUUAUCCAAUCUGCAUGUCUUUGAAAUGGAAGGAAACCCAUACAGACAUGAAAAGCAUGCAUGCUCAUGAAAUGCAUGGGCAGAACAUUCAGAAGGCGUUCAAGAAACGGUUGCUGUUGCAUCAGCUGAAAAGUGAUGGCCAAUAUGACUGAUGACUGCAGGAAAGUUAACUUUGAUUUUCCGAAGAUCUACUUACCCACUGUUUUUGUUUUUGUUUUUGUUUUUGGACUUCUUGGUAAUGCUUGGGGCUUGAAAUAUAUUAUUAUCAACUGGAGGAAACUUGGAAGCUGUAAAAUAUUUGCUUUAAACUUAUGUAUUGCUGAUCUUCUGUAUUUGCUUACCUUGCCGUUUCUGGUGACCUAUCAAGUGAAGAGGCAACAAUGGAUCUUUGGACAGCCUUUCUGCAAGGUAACAAGAUUCCUAUUCAAUGUCAAUCUCUAUGGGAGUAUUGGAUUUAUCACAUGCAUCAGUGUGUACAGAUAUCUGGGCAUUGUGCAUACUCUGAAGGUGAAAGGCAGGAUAAAAGUGCGCCACUGUAUAGGAAUAGCUGCACUGGUCUGGAUUGUGGUGUUGCUUCAAUGUCUGCCUGAUAUGUUUUUUCCUAAAACUUGUUUCAAUAAAACCAAAUGCUUUGACACAACUGGAAAAAACACCACUGAGCCUUACUUGAAGUACAGCCUUACACAGACAGUUAUUGGAUUUGUAAUCCCUUUGGUGAUAAUAUUGUGCUGCUAUGGCCACAUUGCCGUGAUUCUAGCCAUGAAGAAAGACAUCGGAGAUACCAGGCUGAAGUUGAAGUGCCUCAGACUGGUGGUGAUCCUGGCUGUGCUCUUUUCCAUAUGCUACAUCCCCAUCAACAUCUUCAGAAAUCUCAACCUAAUGACUCGCAUAUCAAAAGACAAGUAUGGCAUCUGUAAGUCAUGGUACGCCAGCAUAUACAUCGCCAAACAAGCAAGCGACGGGCUAGCAUGUCUGAACAGUGCUAUUAACCCGCUAGUAUAUCUGGUGAAUCUGAAGAGAAUUAUAGAGCAAAAAGACAAGAAGGUCCAAAUUCACCUGAAUUUUGGCCUGUGACAUCAACGAAGUAAUGAACUAAAUAAUUAUACAUGUCUAAAACAAGUGAUCAGUAUAAUCAGGUUCAUGUGUGUGGGUGGGGUGGGGUGGUGGUGGGGGUGAUAUAUUUGCUGUGUUUGUGAUUUUAUUUUUUAUUUCGGUGGAAUUUCUCAAAGUAUUUAGUGCACUGAAUCUUCAGACAAAAGCUCUUGCAUGAGGUUCUGUGGUUUAUUUUUCAAUAUUAAAACUGACUCUAAAAAGGGUAGUGGUAGUCUAAGAUAAAGAUUUUUUUAAAAAAGAUAAAAUUAGGCAGCACAGUGGUGUAGUGGUUAGCACUGUUGCCUCACAGCAAGAAGGUUCUGGCUUCAAGCCCAGUGGCCGACAGGGGCCUUUCUGUGUGGAGUUUGCAUGUUGUCUGUGUGGGUUUCCUCCGGGUGCUCCGGUUUCUCCCGCAGUCCAAAGGCAUGCAGGUUAGGUUAAUUGGUGGCUCUAAAUUGACCGUAGGUGUGAAUGGUUGUUUGUCUCUAUGUGUCAGCCCUGUGAUGAUCUGACAAUUUGUCCAGGGUGUACCCCACCUCUCGCCCGUAGUCAGCUGGGAUAGGCUCCAGCUUGCCCGUGACCCUAUACAGUGUACAGGAUAAGUGGUUAUGGAUAAUAGAUAGAUGGAUGGAUGGAAAAUAAAAAUCUAAGAUAAAAAUAAAUCUAGGAUCUAAUGUAACACAGUUCACAAUAUAAAAUAUUAUAGAGAAUUAUUAUAUUAUAAUAGUUAGGUGCAUGUUAUUAUUAUUAUUAUUAUUAUUAUAACUGAUACACCAAAAAAUAAGUGUGGUUUUUAUCAAUUAUAUAAUGUGUACUUGAAUAUUUCUGCAACUAUUAGCAUUUUUGGCUGUAUAUUUUUGUUGUUGUUGUUGUUGUUGUUGUUUGGAAAACAAAAAGCAAAAUGACCAAAAUGUAAUAUAGUUUCAAAUUUAAAAAUAUAUAAAGUGCUGUGCAAAAGUCUUAGGAACAUGUAAAGAAAUGCUGUCGACCAAAAAUGGCUUAAAAAUAUUGAAAUGAAAUGUUUCAACAUUAAAAAAAAUACUACAAACAGUAAGCAGUAAGCCAUAAUAAAUGAAACAAAGUCAGUAUUUGGUGUGAGAUGACCCUUUGCUUAAAAAAAAAAUAGUAGUCAUCUCAGGUACAAUGAGUGCAGUUUUAUAAGGAAAUGAGCUGUAGGUUUUACUGAGCAUCUUACAGAACCAGUUCUUCUGGACACUUUGACUGACACUUCUGGACACUUCUGGACACUGGCUUCUUAAUUUUGCACCCAAACCCAGUAACCUUCGUUAUGUUUUCUUUUUUAAUCUGAAAAGUGCUCUCUUGUGGAAUGCUGCUCAGAUGCAAACUUUUUUUUGGUGGCAUUUAAUUUUGUGCUGGAAAACAAACAUUUGGACUCUAAAAUGUUUUUGUACUGACUCGAUAAUGUAGACGUCGUAAAAUAGAAAUCUAUAACAAAGUUUGUCUGAAAAAAUAGGGUGUCAAAGACUUUUGCACAGUACUGUGUCUUUUAGUUUUCAAUAUUUGUCCUUACUGUAAUCAAACAAUAAAAAUUCAGCUUACGUCUGUUUCUGAUAACUCAUUGUUAAUC